AUGGCAGCAAAGGACAGAAGCCCUCUGAGAGCUACGAGGGACAGCCACGUAUCUGCAACCAAGAGUGACCUCAAGGCCAGGAAGGAAACCAAAGCAGUAGUUGUAGAUAUUGGCACAGGUUACUUCAAGUGUGGCUUUGCAGGGGACCCAUGGCCUUCCUCUGUUGUUUCAUCUACAGUUGGUAAGCCCAUGAGGGAGAAUGGGAGCAACCAAAAAGCAACCUUCGUUGGAAGAGAGCUUCAGAACAGCAGCAUACCCUUACCACUCAUCAAACCAGUAACACGUGGCACAGUGGUGGACUGGAACUGUGUCCAAGAUAUUUUGGAGUAUAUUUUCCAGACGGAGAUGAAGAUUCAGCCAGAGGACCAUGCUGUUCUAGUGUCGGUGCCUCCCCUGUGUUCCAUCACUGACAAGGAGAGAUACGCCGAGAUGAUGUUUGAAGGAGUUCACGUGCCUGCUGUCCACAUUGCCUACCAGUCCCUUCUAUCCAUGUACUCUUACGGAAGAACCUCAGCUCUCGUUGUGGAAAGUGGCCACGGUGCUUCGCAUGUGGUUCCCAUCUAUGAAGGCUAUAUUAUACGUAGCAUCUUUGGGAGAGCAGAUUAUGCUGGCUUGGACAUCACACAUUAUCUCAUGAAGUUACUAAAUGAGUCUGGAAACGCAUUCACAGACCACCAGGUGAACAUCAUACAAGAUCUCAAAGAGAAGUGUUGUUACACUUCCCUGGACCUCACACAGGACUUGAGUUUGCCUGUUCAGAUGCAACAAAUGGAUUACCAGCUGCCAGACGGACGCCUUGUCACUGUAGGCAAGGAGAGGUUCCUCUGUGCUGAAGCGCUCUUCAAACCAGCCUUACUUGGCUCACAGCAGCCAGGGCUAUUGCAGCUGACACUCUCCUGUCUCAAGAAGUGCAGUGCUGACAUCAACAAAAAAAUGGUGGGGAACAUCCUCCUGUGCGGUGGCAGCACGAUGAUGGAGGGCUUUGCCAACCGCUUCCAGAUGGAACUGGCCAGGUUGUGCCCUAAUGACAACUUCAUCAUGGCCGCGUCCCCUCAAAGACAGUCGUCUGUCUGUAUUGGUGGCUCUCUCCUGGCCUCACUCUACUCUUUCCAGGACCUCUGGGUUGACAGGAGUGAAUACGAAGAACAUGGUUCUUCCUGCAUUUUUAAGAAGUGCUUCUGA